AAAGCUAAAAAGAGGAAGAGAGAGAGGAUUCCAAUUAAUCUUCCUAACGGAUCUUCGCUGGAAGCCAACGGCGUUACAUCGCUCGCGGUGCAAGGUUUUUUACGCGCUCUCACUACACUAAACCGAUUAAACAAAGAAGGUGAAGCACUUGCCCUUCAAGAUGAUCUCACAACGCACCCCACCUUGGCCUUGAUGCGACGCAUCCUUGCAGAUGCACAGGCAAAAUUUCGCGUGAUGGUGGAGGAGAACGCAGCGACAGGCGCCCGGCUUGACGGGGAGCUGGAACGAGCGAGGGGCGAGUGCGCCACGCUCCGUGGAGAGUUAAGGGAUGUCCGUAGCGCUUUGCCGGUGGUACUAAACAAUAAUAACGGUGCGGGAAACAGUACAGCCGCUGGUGGCAACAGCAACAAUAACGCCACCGGCAGCGCGACGAAUAACAGCAACGCCGGGACGCAGGAGGCGACGGAGGUUCAGCAACAACAAUCGCAGGAGGAUGGGAAAAGGCUCAGCGCUGGCAGCAGCCCCGUGGAAAAGAGAAGCUCGGCCAGCGACAAAUCAGCCAGCCCCAUCGAUAAGAGAACCAGCCCGGUCGAUAGGAAGGAGAGAACCAGCCCCAUAGAUCGACGAGCAAGCCCCAUAGAGAAACGGAAUGGCUCGCCAAGUCGCAGCCCGAGCGAGAAAGCGCGUCGUCCUUACGCCCCGGCCCUGGAAAAAACACGAUUGGGCGGUUCCGGCGGAAGCGUGGACUCGCGAUCGGGCAGCGCCAGCCCGGAUCGAGGAUCCACAAACAGAAGCAACUUCCUUCACCGCGGCGGCAGCGAUCGAUCCAGCGUGGAGAGAUUACGAAUAUCGACGAAUCGCGACUCGCUGCGUUCCAGCAAGGAAAUGAACGAUCACGAGAAGGACAUCGACAAGGAUCUGGUGGAUGGCGAGGUGCGGGUCGAAGAGGAUAAUGAACCACCUGGACCAGCCCCGGGCAGCAGACCCUCGUCCCCGGUUAAUUCCCUGGGGAUUGGCGAUCCGUUGGUGGCGUCUAGACUGUCGAACAUCCACGGUAGCAGCGGUGGCGGCGGAUUCGUGGAGCUGGCCAGCACAAGGAGACUCCGAUUGGAAAACGAACGGCUGGUGGCAGAAGUAGCAAGAUUGAGGAGAUUGUUACUGAGCGGAGCGGCGCGUGGCGAGGUUGGUUCCGAGGAUGCGGCACUCGAGGAGGAGGCACGAUUCGUCGCACUCGAGAUGGAACUGCAACACGCCAAGGAAGCUCUUCAAGCUCUUAAGGCCGAUCGAAAGAGGCUCAAGGCCGAGAAGUUUGAUCUGCUUAAUCAAAUGAAAGCUCUUUACGGGACGCUGGAGGACAAGGAACGGGAAUUACGCGACUUCAUAAGAAAUUACGAACAGCGGAUGCGGGAGAACGAGGCGACCUUAGGACGCCUUCAGCAGCAAGGAGUUGGCAUACCAUCGGAAGAACGGGAACGCGAGCGGGAAAGGGAACGCUGGAGUCUUCUGAGGGCAGCCAGGGACGAGGCCGAUCGAAGUCUCAGCCUGGCAGCUAGUUUGGCCGACAAAGAGGCCGCCCUUUCGCACGCGCACACGACUAUAAAAGAGUUACAGCGUCAAUUGGCGGAACGAGGAGGCGGUGGUAUUUGCUUGAGCGACCAGGAAUCCUUGGUCUCGUUCCCGAGGGGCAGCGUGAAUGGGGCUGCGACACCGGGCGCCGGAAGCAGCAGCGGCGGCGGCGGCUGUGGUAUCAUCCCUCAUAUGAAUUCUCAACCGCCAUUAGGCAGCACAGAGCUCGGAGUGACUGUUGGGAACGUCGGCAAUGCGGCAGGUGCUGGCUCUUCCGGCGGACAAGCGGGCGAUCGCGGAAGUUGCAGCGCGGACAGCGGCGUACGGGGAUCCAGCGACAGAGAAAGCGGCGGUGCCACCAGCGUGGGUGGAAAUCUCUCGGAUUCGACCACUGACGGCACGCCGACAAUUACGGUCGAGGGAAGCGGUCUCGACAUGGACAGCAUCUCCGUGGUUUCCUCCAUUGCACCAUCCCACAUAUACCAGUCAACCACGCCGAAAGACUGUAGCCCCACACUGUCGCCCCUGAACGCGUUCUCCAGGUCCAUGGACAAUUCGUCGCUAUCGCGAUCGGUGGAACAGCUGUCGAGCCCGUUGGAAUCCGAACCGAGGAGAAACAAACAGAAUCCACCUAUCGCGGCACCUGCCGCCCAUUCGCGAUCCUCCGCGACUCGCGGUGGCACGUGGGGCUCCAUUUCGAGAGUGUUCGCGCGUUCCCGGCAUCGAAAGGCGGCGAACAAUUCGAGCGGCGGAAGCGGAAGCAACGAGGGCUCCGACGGUUUCGAUCCCUACAGAUCAUGGUCCCCGCUCACCGAGGAAGGUUACGCCGAGAAACUUCGUUUGCUCAGAGAGGCUGUGUCCGUGCCUAUGGAACGAUGGAGGGCACCUACGGUCCUGGCGUGGUUGGAGGUUGCGCUUGGUAUGCCGCAGUAUGGCCCACGAUGCGCUGAAAAUGUUAAAUCUGGAAAGGUCUUGCUGGAACUGAAUGACGCAGAAUUGGAAGCUGGUCUGGGAGUGACACACCCCCUUCACAGAAAGAAAUUACGUUUAGCUAUCGAGGAGCAUCGACACCCGAAUCUCGUUCGAUAUCCGUGCAUUGCUCAACUGGGUCAUACAUGGGUCAGCUCCGAAUGGUUACCCGACCUUGGACUCGCCCAAUAUUCCGAAAGCUUCGCUACCAAUAUGGUGGACGCUCGGAUGCUCGACAACCUGAACAAAAAAGAACUGGAGAAGCUCCUCGGUGUGACCAGAAAAUUCCAUCAGGCCAGCAUCGUGCAUGGCAUUCGCUUGCUGCAAAUGCUGAACUACGAUCGCCAGGCACUCGCGGUUAGAAGACAUCAGUGCGAAGAAGUCGACACGGAUCCUUUAGUAUGGACGAAUCAGAGGUUCAUCCGGUGGGCGAGGAACAUCGAUCUAACCGAAUACGCUGAGAACUUGAAAGAUUCGGGUGUGCACGGUGCCCUCGUCGUGCUGGAACCAUCAUUCACAGGUGACGCGAUGGCAACAGCCUUGGGUAUACCGCCUGCUAAGCACAUGAUCAGACGACACCUAACUGCUGAACUGGAAGCCCUCGUCGUUCCAGCAAGAGAACUCAAUAUGUCGCAUCAUUUUGUCACAGUUUGUGUGGUAUGUGUUUUAUGUGCUACGCAUACUCCUUGCUCGGCGCACACCGAAUUUUCAACAACAGGGCAGGCGACUCGUAUUUCUGUGAACUCCGAAAACUUACGAAAUCCUAAUAAACAAUUACAGCCAUUUCGGUUACUAAUAAAAUUGAAAGAAACACAGCAGAAGGAUAUGAGAAAACCAAAUUUAAAUAAUCUAGGUGCUCAUAAAAAUGGUGCUGUUAAAUUUUCUAAUGUAUUAGACAUUGAUAAUACUAAUAAAACGUCUACCUUGUUGGUACCAGUUGCUAUAAACAAGCCCCAUAUUAAAAGAAAAACUUAUAAUACGAAAGGUAAUAAAAAUGUUCAAGAUGAUCGUAUUCCGGUAAUAGAGGAAAAUUCUACAUCUUUGAAAGAUUUAGAAAUAAUAGAGAGACUAGGCCAAAAUGAAAUAAGUCGCAACACAGAAUUGAAUUUUAUAAGAUCUGUUAAAGAUCAAAAUCUUAUCAAUGGUGUUAGGAGAAAAAGAAAUGUUGAUAUAAUAGAUGAGAAGUACUUCAUAACAAAAAUUUUCGAAACUUAUGGCGAUGGUAAAAGUGUAACGGUGGAAGGUUUCGAGAAGCUACUAAGGAAGCUGGGAUUGCUGAGAUUAUUAACAGAUAUAUCUAGAAUAGAUGAUCAUAGUAUUGUUACUAGUCAACACGAAAAUCCAUUAGAUAAAUCAAAAAAUAUACAAAAUAAUGGCCUAUCGGAAUAUGAAAAUGAAACUAAAAAGGAACGGUGCUUAAAUAGUAGAGAAUUGUUAAGUACUGUUACAAGAGAUAUGCCUUACACUAAUAAUAAUUCGACAUUACCAAGUUGGCUUUUUGAACGUGUGUGUCCAGCUCUUGUUUACCAAUUAGCAGGUGAAUCGAGUUCAGAAAGAAAUGGAUGCAUUCUUGUGCCAGAGAAUUAUAAACCAGUAACAGUUAAUAAAUACUUUGGAGAUGAUGUAACACGUAAUAUGGUUCAAGUGUGGGCCUAUUCUACAAUUAGUAUUCUAAUAAUCAGUCUCUGUGGUUUACUUGGUGUAGCCGUUAUACCUUGCAUGGGUAAAGUUUAUUAUCAUCAAUUACUGCAGUUUCUAGUUGCUCUUGCUGUAGGAACUCUAUGCGGUGAUGCACUUAUUCAUUUGUUACCACAUGCAAUGACGACGCAUGAUCACGAUCAUGAACAUGUUCACGAUGAUAAUGGCAAUGAUCAUGCCAUAAUAAAUCAUAAGGAACAACACAAUAUGAAUAUGUGGAAAGGAGUAGUUGCAAUGAUAGGUCUUGUAUUAUUUUUUUUUACGGAAAAAGCUCUGACAUUGUUAGCAGAGUGGAGAAAACGUCGACAACGUCGUAAUAAGCUUCCUUCGCGUGUUAGAGUAAUGAGAGAGACAGACGGGCCGAACAGUAAUGUUGUCGGGGAGAAACUUUGUAAACACAAAUAUUCGUCAUAUCCGUAUUGUUACGAUGAAAUUAAUACGGAUGCUCAAGAUAAUCAUCAUAAUCGUCAACAUAAUAAUCAUGAAAGACCCCCUGUCAUCGAAGAGGAGAAACCUUUGACGUCAAACUGUAAUUCGGUUUCGAAAAUUAUGACGAAUGACGUGGAGAAAAAAUCACACGAGGAUUGGAGAUUAGAAGAUACAAUUGUAAAUACUAAGAAAAAUACAGAUGGUGCUGACGUACCGCUAAACAAAUCAGAAAGUUACACUGUUAUUAUACGCGAGCAUGAAACAAAACACCACGGCCAUACUCAUUCACAUGGUCAUGUCCAUUCUGCGCCAGAAUCUAUGUCGAGUGUUGCUUGGAUGGUAAUAAUGGGCGAUGGUUUGCAUAAUUUUACAGAUGGUAUGGCUAUAGGUGCUGCUUUCUCGGCAAACAUUGCAGGUGGUUUUUCUACAGCAAUAGCAGUAUUUUGCCACGAAUUACCUCAUGAAAUAGGUGAUUUCGCGGUCUUGUUAAAAGCUGGCAUGAGUGCUAAACAGGCUGUCUUUUAUAAUCUGUUAUCUUCCGUGCUCUGCUUAUUUGGUAUGAUAUUUGGUGUGUUACUGGGUAGCACUCCAGCUGUAAGUAGUUGGAUGUUCGCGGCUGCUGCAGGAAUGUUUAUAUAUAUAGCAUUAGUGGACAUGAUUCCAGAAUUAUCCACGAGUCACUCUGUGGAACGCAGUUCUCAAUGGCAAUGUAUUUUACAAGCAUUAGGGCUAUCGUGUGGCCUUGGUAUAAUGUUAAUUAUAGCGUUCUUUGAACACGAUCUUAAGAAUAUGUUCAGUGAUUAAAUUUAAAAAGACUGACAACUUUUUUAAACAAUGCAUAAGAUUACUUGUUGACAGCAAUGCACUUGUUGUUACAAAAAACUUAAGAAGGUACUACAGAGGAAUAAAUGCUAAAUGUUUUGCAACAUUUAUAACAUUAAGAAUGUUACACUCUGUGCACAAGAACGAAUGAAAUAGGCAACUCGAAGAAUUUUAGAUAAUUCAAAUACAACGACAAUAUUUGAGGUAUACUUGUUAGAAACCAUUCGUGACAUAUUGAGUUCUUUUAAAAUAAUAUAAAAAAGCAAUAUUUUACAAUUCACGGAACAAAACAUUACGAAGAUAGGUAAAUAUAAUUAAUUUUUACUAAAUAGUUUUUAAUAAUUUGCAUACUAAGAUCACAUGAAUUUGUGAAAAUGCCAUGCAGUUGUCCUAAGUUUCGUUUGGUUGUAAAAUUUGGUGCUUGUAUUACCAAACAGAUCGUUAUACAAAUAUUCGUUUUAGUAUCAAUUCAAUACGAACAAAAACUAAAACACUAUGCAACUACUAGUUGAUCGACAUCGCUUUGAUUAAAUUACACGCUUUUUCAAUUACACGUAACUAAUUCUCUAAAAGGUUUUCUGGUCUGGAUAGUGAACGAAUAUUCAUUUUAUUUCUCUGUAGUUCCGGAAAGUUUUAGGCGUUAAAAAUCUGUUUUUAAAUUAUUACCGUCCAAAAAAGUUUACAAACACCAUUUUUGUAUGUUGUUCCAGACCAGGAAAUAUCUUUCAAACAUUUUAAAUCUUAUAUUAGGAGAUAACGUAAAUCAAAAUCUGUAUUUAUUUUUUAACACGUUCACACCGGCAUGAGUAACGUGUAGAUCAGGAUAUAUGUAUGUAAUGGAGUGACAUGACUCACGGGUAGGUCAGACUUGUUAAAACGUUGUCUACCAUGUCAGGUAACACAUAAAAGAACACACAAAUGAAUGAUGUUAUUUCAUAUUUCUGUCAGAAUGUGAAAGGAUUAACAAAAUAAUCGUAAUCAUGAAAAUGAUAACUAUAAUUUAUUAAAAACAUUUUAAAACAUUGACUCCAAUGUUGCCCAUUUCCGGGUGUAGAUUUUACUUACCUCAUUAGCAAAUUUAACGAGGACUAAUAGAAAUAUCAUGAAAGUAAUAAAAGUACAGUGAUGCCUUGGAAAUCGACCUGAAUUUUUCACCCGAAAUUUGAUGCCCAAUAUUGGGUUACGCCGCUUAAUAAUUAAUAUAUAAAAUCAUGCACCGGAUUGAACGUGUUAGUUGUUAAUUGCCUGGCAUUCACACGACAUAUAUGUGUUCCUAGACUAUUAGUGUCCAAGUAUAAUUGUGAUAUAUUUUAUAUAAUAACUGCAUUCUCUUUAUCUUAGUACAAUAAUCAAACAAGGCUUCAAAUAAAUACCUUUUGAUUGAAUCGCAGACACAUAUAAUACCAUAAUGUAUUAUUGUAUUAUUGAAAUUAACAUAAAGCUCUGUAUGUUUUAAGAUCAUUUUGAGUUGAAGUAGGUAUGCGUUAGUUAAGCCGUAAAAUAUGAAAUAAAAAAAACAAACAAACGCAAUUGCAUUUUAUCGAGUUUACAAUAAUGUUUUCAAAACUUCGGUGCUCGUUUAUCUCAAGUUAUUUUAUAAUAAUUAUUCUUUAUGUAUUUGCACAAAAUGUUUAAUUAUGAUACUACAAGAAGGAUGCAUAUACAAGAUUUUAUUUUAGCAAUCGGUGCGAACGAAAACAAUUAUAAAGUAAGAUGUUUACUGACAGUGCUAUAGUAUGUUCUAGUUUUACCUAAUUCCAAAUAUGCUUGUGCACAAAACGAUUUUGUCGAAUAUCAAUAUAGAUAAAUAAAGAUGGUACAAAGAUAAUACACCAUUCACAAUGAUUGGAUAUAUUGAAAUUUUAAGGUAUUCUCAUAUUGUCACUGUAAUUGCCAGAUUCGUUUUCUUUAAAUUACAUUUAUUUUCUAAUCAGUAAUUACAUGUCGUACCGUAACAUACGAUUGAGACGUAAAAUCCAAAUAUUUAUAGCUGUAAAUCUCAAUAUUUUUAGCCGUACUUACGUAAAUUAACAAAAAUUGUAUACAUAGCUAUGGGAAAAAGUGAAUUGAAAAAGUAUUUUGAAUUUUCUAAAAUCAAGCUUCAAAUAAGAUUUCUAUCCUCAAUGUUGUAUACAAUAAUUUUAAACCGUUGCAUUUAUCAUGGACACAGUAGCGUAGCUAGAGGGGAUGAAGGGGCGGUCCGACCCGAAAAAUAUUUUUAUUAUUGAACUUUUUUUCAACUAGAUCACGAUCAAAAUCACCUUCCGUGAUUAGUGAUAAUUAACUAAAUGCAAAGAACUAAGUUAAGGUCUUGCAAUGAUAACUGUAGUAUAAAUAGUUCGGGACUAAUGUUUUGACUCUUGGAUACUCUAUUAUUUUAAUCCUAACCGUGGUUACAGGAUUUGCGUAGAAUAACGAAACUUGUAUAUUGGAUGCCAAACUGUAUCUGUCUUUAUUUCGGAACAUGGGUUUAUAUACAUCUGGUUUUAGAUGGGGUCAAAGUGUAGAUCGGCGAAACAUGAUGGGCCUACUUCGUAGCGACUAAGGUUUCUAUUUAGUAUAGAUCAGCGGGAUGUGAUGGCCUUCGCUAAGUAGCAUGGAUUAGGUCUGCUGAGUGGCAUAGGUCACCAGAAUGUGAUGACCUUGUUUCACAAUUACAUUGAUAAGGAAAAUUUCCUUGGUGAGAAGAAGUACUUGAUAUUAGUAUUGCUAGACGCGAGAGGAAUUUUUCUAAACUAAAACUUAUAAAGAAUUGUCAAAGAUCUACUAUGAGCACAUUGUGAUUGAGAAAUUUUGCCAUACUAUCUAUAAUAUAACAAUUGACAGGCGAAAUAGAUUUCGAAUGUGUCGUUAAAGGUUUCACUAGCCGAAAAGCAAGGAAAAUGACAUUAUAAAAAUUGCAGUUAAUUUUCUUACUUUGAAAAUAACCAUGGUAUCUUAAUUUUGUCAUUCUCCUUAUUAGUUGUUCUAUCUUUUUGUUCAAGAAUGCUUUAUGUUUAUUGUGUUCUUGGGGGUGGGAGGGACAUAUCCAAAGACCGCCCCGGGUGAUAUAAUUUCUAGCUACGCCAUUGUAUGGACAUUAUUCUAACGAACUUGAAAGUUCGUUGCAAAUAUGUAUUACGUAUUUUCUCUAUUACUUAAAAACUGUAUCAUUUAAGCAACCAAAUCACGGUGAAA